UUUACGUAUCUCUUUUUGACAUAAAUAUAUUGAGUAUAUUUUUGGAAAUAAAAAUAGUUUAAGAAUUGUCGCGAAGAAUCAGCUACAAAAGCUCGUGGCGCCUGCAAAAAUUAUCAUCUAAUUACUAUGAAUAAUGUACAUAGUCAUUGUGAAAUAAAUGUAUACGUGUAAAAAAAGUUUCAGAGCCUUUGAUCUUUUUUUUAUGUAUGUGAUCUUGCCCUGCUUUUUCUGAGGUUUCCGUUGCGCUCAUGAACAAUACCAUAUUCAGUACGACAGUGUUUCUAAAACGUAAUGCGCUCAUCGAGUUCUCCCACGCAACAUUUACGGCAAAAUCUUAUCUAUUAUAAUACAUUACCAAGUCGCAAAUGUUGUCUAUUUAGUAGAAUGUACUAGAGUGCACGGUACACAACAAGCUUCGUAGUUAGCUUUUUUUUUUUACAAUUUUACAAAUGAACGUUCGUCGAGAUAAAAAUUUCGAUAGGACACUUCAUUCAGAGAAUUUGUGUGCGAAUACAUUCGACGUGAAGAAUGUCAAUAUGAUCUGCGCAAAUAAAAAGGAAAAUUAUCAUAAUAAUACAACGCGGAAGAAACCAGAAUUUCACGUCACAUAUCGCGAUCGCGUUUAUAAUAUACAAAGUUUCUUAAAGUAUCAUCCGGGAGGAAAAAAUAAGCUUGUACAUUUCAAGGAUCAAAUCCUGGAUGAUAAAUUAGCGAAAUAUCCUCAUUCUAAAUCUGCCUACUAUCUUCUUGAGGAAUUUGCUGUGCAACAUCAAGAAAGAUAUAACGAGUGCGAAGAUUUAGUUAAUUGGGAUGCACCGAUGUUGCGACAAGUGGGUUUUAUGGGCGAUCGAUAUUGGAAAUGGGUGAACCUGCCAGUAAAUAGGCCUAUUCGAUUUUUCCAAUCCGACAUUUUAGAAUUACUAUCGAUCACACCGUGGUACAUUAUGCCGAUCGUCUGGUUCCCCAUAGCUAUAUAUUUUCUUUACAUGGGAUGCGUUCCACAUACUUCGACAAACAUCGUCAUUGCAUUGCAAAGGAUUUUACCGUCAUUCGUUUUGGGGAUAUUUAUCUGGACCAUCAUGGAAUAUUUCGUACAUCGAAAGAUAUUUCAUCUUAGACCAUCGCAUAAUUCGAGAUUACUGAUCACUUUGCAUUUCCUAUUCCAUGGGAAUCAUCAUAAGGCACCGUUAGAUGAACGAAGACUGGUGUUUCCACCGACACUCAGUUUAAUCAUAGCAGCGAUUAUUUGGCAAAUUUAUAAAGCCAUAUUUCCUUUGACAAUAGUUAAUUUUGUCGGCGCUGGUACUAUAACGGGCUACUUAUGUUACGAUCUAAUGCAUUAUUACUUGCAUAAUGGAGCACCGAAAGCCGAAUCGUACUUUUAUACAAUGAAAAGAAGGCACAAUUAUCAUCAUUUUCUACAUCAUAAUCAAGGAUUUGGCGUAACCAGUGAAUUGUGGGAUCACUUAAUGAAAACGGAUCUAAAUUUACGGAAAUUAGACGAACCAUUAGAAUGGUAAAAUACAGUGAAAAAGAAAGAAGUAGUAG